AUGGCCGAUCUACAAAUCCACGCCAAUCUCGCCAUCGCCGCACCCGCCAUCCUCAUCCCCAUCUGUACCGCCACAGUCGCAUUGCGAGUGUACGCUCGUCAUAUAAAGAAAGUUGGGUUGGGCGCAGAUGAUUAUCUGAUUAUGGGGGCGUUGAUUUUUGUGAUUGGGAUGGGGGUUGCUAUUAUUGCUGAGGUCGGACUCAAACAGCUUGGAUAUCCUGCAUCGGCGCCAUCGACUCGGAUUGGGAAACCAGAUUCAAAUAUCGCCUUCUGGCCCGGCGAGCUCCUCCAAAUCCCCGCUCUCGGCUUCGUCAAACUCUCCCUCAUCCUCUUCUACCGGCGCGUCUUCACCCGCAACGCCGCUCCCCGCUUCAACAUCGUCACUUGGUUUAUGAUCCUCAUCAUCAUCAUCUGGACGCUCUCUUUCUUCUUCUCUAUCCUUUUUAUCUGUGGCACGGAUUUUUCUGCCUAUUGGACGAGUACUAUUGUGGAGAAAGCACAUUGUGUCGAUACGGAUAUGUUGCAUAAUGCGUUUGCGAUUAGUGACGUGGUGACGGAUUUUGUGAUUAUCAGUUUGCCGGUUCCGAUGAUCUUCGGAUUACAUCUUACUGUUGCUCGAAAAAUAGGUAUACUAGCCAUCUUCUCCUUGGGAGCGCUCACGCUCUUCCCACUUAAACAGAUCCGACUGACAAUAAAACCCCAAAGCACAAUCGCGGCAUCAAUCGUUCGAAUGAUAGUAUUCAUCCAAGCCACCGCCGUGAACUACGACCCCCACGCUGAUUUCGAAUUCAUCUGCACCUCCGGCCUCUACUGGUCCCUCAUCGAAUCCAGCCUCGGCGUCAUCGCCGCCUGUCUCCCCGCGCAAUACGGACUCCUCAACACCCCCGGCGUGCAAUCACUGGUCGCCUCCGUCCAAUCCGCUAUCUCCCUGCGUUCCAUACGUUCCACCUCGCAACAUCCUAGUCAGUGCGACGCACAUGAUUCGCAGCGCAAUGUAUAUGGUAAUAUGGAUACGAAGAUGGAACCCUGGAACGCGGCCCAUGGAAGCGAGACGCAGAAUAUUGUUGCGCAUGCGGAGGGACCGGCAAGGUAUGAGAGGGAGGGGGGGGUGGAGGAAGGAGGGUUGAGGGGGAAGAGGGGGAUUGUGGUGACGAAUAGUUUUGAGAGUAGGGAGGGGUUGGCGUAG